AUUGAAAAAAAAAAAGUGUGGAAGCCGUGGAGGAGCAUAAAAAUAAAUAAAAAAUCAAACUCCUUUUCCUUCCUCAAACCACCAAAUCGAUCUUUACGGUCCAAAACGGCGUCUGGUUAAUGCCUGGAAGCCGCGGGGAGAUAACGGUGGAUGAUCAGAACGGAGUCGAUAACGAUCACAAGAGGAGGAAGAAGAAGAAGGAGGGAGGGGAUGGAACUGAGACCGAGAAUCAAUUAGUAAUGCCUUCAAUUUCGAAACCCAGGAAGCGAUUUAUAGACAAAUUCAGAAAGAGACCUAAAUCACAAAAUCAAUCAUCUUCAUCUUCGUCUUCAAGGUCUGGGUCGCGUAAAGGAGGAUGCUUUUCUUUGAGGAGACGUCGGAGGAGAACAGAGGAGGAGGAGGAGGAGGAGGCUUCUCCUUCUUCUCCAGUUUCUGAUCCUAACGAUGAAUGCUUCACUCAUGAGAUGCUGCGUGUUAUGUUGGAGACUAAUGAUUUCUGCUCUAAUGAGUGUAAUCCGCAUCGGUGAUUUUGUGUAAGUUUUGUUCAUCGUGGGGAAGGGGGAAUGAUUCUUGUUAUAGAUUUUUUUUUUUUUUUUUUUUUUUUCUCAAUCAAUCUGUAUAGAACUUUCUUCGUCUGGUUAAAUCCAUCAAUGCCUAUGAUCAUCAUUUAUCAGUAUGGUAAAGCAAUUGUGUAUGGAAUCUGAUUCGUAUAGCAGUGUGUGA